AUGGAGCUGCUGUCCACGCCCCACAGCAUCGAGGUCAACAACAUCACCUGUGACUCCUUCCGCAUCUCCUGGGCCAUGGAGAACAGUGACCUGGAGAGGGUCACCCAUUACUUCAUUGACCUUAACAAGAAGGAGAACAAGAACUCCAACAAGUUCAAGCACCGGGAUGUCCCCACCAAGCUUGUGGCCAAGGCCGUGCCACUGCCCAUGACAGUAAGAGGCCACUGGUUCCUGAGCCCCCGCACAGAGUACAGCGUGGCCGUGCAGACGGCCGUGAAGCAGAGUGACGGGGAGUACCUGGUGUCCGGCUGGAGCGAGACGGUUGAGUUCUGCACCGGGGAUUAUGCCAAGGAGCACCUGGCCCAGCUGCAGGAGAAGGCCGAGCAGAUCGCAGGCCGUAUGCUCCGCUUCUCCGUCUUCUACCGCAACCACCACAAGGAGUACUUCCAGCACGCCAGGACCCACUGCGGGAACAUGCUGCAGCCCUACCUGAAGGACAACAGCGGCAGCCAUGGCUCCCCAACCAGCGGCAUGCUCCACGGGGUCUUCUUCAGCUGCAACACAGAGUUCAACACUGGCCAGCCUCCUCAGGACUCCCCCUACGGUCGCUGGCGCUUCCAGAUCCCUGCCCAGCGCCUUUUCAACCCCAGCACCAACCUCUACUUUGCGGACUUCUACUGUAUGUACACAGCUUACCACUAUGCCAUCCUGGUGCUGGCCCCUAAGGGCUCCCUGGGGGACCGCUUCUGCCGUGACCGCCUGCCCCUCCUGGACAUUGCCUGCAACAAGUUCCUGACCUGCAGCGUGGAGGAUGGGGAGCUGAUCUUCCGCCAUGCCCAGGACCUCAUCCUGGAGAUCAUCUAUACCGAGCCCGUUGACCUGUCCCUGGGCACCCUGGGGGAGAUCAGCGGGCACCAGCUUAUGAGCCUAUCCACUGCUGACGCCAAGAAAGACCCCAGCUGCAAGACCUGCAACAUCAGUGUGGGCCGCUAG